GUCAAAAGUGCGGCCGUGGAAUUCAUAUCCAGCUAUCCUCCACCUAUCACUCCUUUGUGAGUCCACAGACAAGACUUGGGACCAACUUCCACCUCGAGCACGCGGAUUUGUGCACGUUGCCACAUCAAAGGCAGCCCCGGUUGCUCUUUGUAUGAAUUCACCGCCUGCCUAUCCUUGCUCCUGAGUCAACACAGCCCACCGAGCGACCCUCUGAGUUGAUCUGCCCCUCUACCGUCCAUAUCAACCCCUGAAACUCCUAGGACGCCGACAGCGAAAACAAUUGAGCGACGUCUGGUGCCGAGAAUCGACGGAAAUAGUGCAAUCCUCCUCCAUGUCGCCCACGAUUUCCAUCUCUCUCCUCUCCUGACCCCUCCCACCCCGCGCCAGAAUACUCCUUCAUCUUCUCGUCAUCUUACCUUCCACCAGGAAGCUAAGUCCUCACAGACAGAAGAUUCUCUAUUGAACGCAACUCUUAUCCCAAUCUGUCUGCCGAACAAGCCUCCGCCCUGGCCGCUGGCCUGGACAGGCUCGAAAUUGCUUCUGAGUACUCUGAAUCCCUUUACUACCAGCAGUUUACCAGCUCCUCCGCCACGCUCUCCAACGCAAUGUCUCAAUCCUCUUCUCAGAGUCCAGAUAGCUGGAUCGGCACCUUCUGCAACCUGGUCGGCCAUGAAUAUUUUGCAGAAGUCAGUGAAGAUUUCAUCGAGGACGAUUUCAACCUGACGGGAUUGCAAGCUCAGGUGCCCAUGUACAAGGAUGCACUGGAAAUGAUACUUGACGUGGAGCCGUCAGAGACCAACUCGUCUGCUCUGUCAGAAGAGGAGGAAGAGGAAGAGGAGGAGGAAGAUGAUGGCCUUCUGGGGGACGAAUUGGACGAGCCAGCUGCGAAUCAAAACGGGGCGUCGAGGCGACAAUCUGGCGGCCCGGCUGGCGGCAGAAGACAUGGUCGGACCUCAUCUGAUACUUCUGUCAUUGAGUCGUCCGCGGAACUCCUGUAUGGUCUGAUACAUGCUCGAUACAUCACCUCAAGACCUGGGAUUCAACAAAUGAUGGAGAAAUACGAACUGUCGCAUUUUGGCUUCUGCCCUCGGGUAUAUUGUGCUGGAGCAAAAGUGUUACCGGUCGGUCUAACGGACACCCCAGGGCAGCAGACGGUCAAACUCUUUUGUCCAAGCUGUCUGGACGUCUACACCCCGCCGAAUUCUAGGUUUCAGGCGGUCGACGGUGCCUUUUUCGGCACGACGUUUCCAUGCCUCUUCUUCAUGUCCUAUCCAGAUCUGGACGUUGCUCCAGUCAAGAAACGAAACCCUCGAGAUCCCGGUGGCCAGGGAAAUGAUGACCUCGAAGGCACAUUAAGUCCCAACGAAGUGAAUGCCACGCGAGGAGGAAUAACGGCCAGUCGAAGCUCAAGCUUAACAUUACCUCAAGCCCCACCGAUUCCUGGCAUCACAUCAGCGAAGGACGAGAAGACAUCUGCAUCCGCAGUUGCUCAAAACGCGCUACCUCCACAACCAGCAACUAUCAAUGGAAUCGCCACGCACAACCUUGCACCAGGUUUAGGCAAGGGCAAAAUCUAUGAGCCCAGAAUUUACGGCUUCAAAGUAUCGGAACGAGCGAAGAGCGGCCCGCGGAUGCGCUGGCUUCGGUCUAAACCUCUGGACAUCAAUGAGCUUGACGAAGCAAGACUAUGGCACGAACGAUAUGGCGGCACCGUGGAUGGUGAUCCCGAUGAGGAAAUGCGGCGUGUGCCAGGAGGGAUACAGGACAACGAAGACGAUGAUGAAGAGGAAGAGGAGGAGGGGGAGGAAGAGGAAGGCGAAGGUGGCGGUGGAGAAGUCGCUGACCAGGACGGAGAUGCGAUUAUGGCCACCCAGGGGCAGAAUCAAGCACCCCUCACUCAAACCAGCCAACGGGCCAAGUCAAAACGAGAACCUGAUGCCGAUGGAGACGCACUGAUGGCCAGUCAAAGUCAAGGCGGUAGUCGAGGCAAGUCUCGGCGAAAGCCAGGGACAAGGGGUCAGGGAGUCGACGUCUCCGUGCAACAAACGGGAGAGGGAAAUUGGAUAUGAUCAUGGCAGCAAACGAAGGUGACGGACGACGAUGCAGACGACGAAAACAAGAUUGAAUGAGAAGGGGUGCCCCCUCCAAAGCCGGACGGCGCAAGAGUGAGCAUACCAACCGACGUUGUCGAUGAAAUGAAUAUGGAAAGAAUGGUUCCCUCGCGGACGGCCUUACCCAGCAGCAUGGAGUUCCCAGGCCGCCCUUGAGGAUCAUUGCGAGUAUGCGGGGGCAUCUGAAUAGGGGGAUACAGGUCCAAGGUUUCACGUUCUUUGCUCGAUUCACCACCUGUUCAUCACACGCAAGCUCAAAGCUCGCUCGAGAUCAGUGCAAUAGGAGGAAGGAUCUGCGGCCGGCAACAGCCGCAGCCAACGGCAGAACUGGUAUGGAGACCGGCGUGCUAGAAAUCAUGGAACAACCACGGCCAACGACAGGCAGACAGCAGCACAGGAGGAGUAAUGGGAGAUGAAUUGACAUCCAGGAUCGAUGACGGGGAGCAAGCGGACGAGACAGCGCUGGUUGAUUUGGGAUAUUGAAUUCUGGCAGGAGGCAGACGUGUUGUUAUUACACAUAGUGGACAAGGGCAGUAUCUGGCAUCUACCCUCCUACACAUCCCAUCUGCUUCGCUUCUUCACUUCUGCUCUAUCCUUGGUGUUGAUCUGUCUUUGCGUUGCUUCCCACAAUCCGCUUUUGAUCACACACACACGCACAAAAAGAAAAGGCCAAACCCCCCGGGGAGCAAAAACUUAAGCACGAAGCAGCUCAACUCUGGUUCGUGAUAAGCGAAACUCGCCCCCGAAGGGGUUGGUUUUUCUCGGCCGGUUUUACUACGGGUUAUCUUUACUGCGGGUAAUAUAU